CCAAGUCAUACAUUACCGAUCUGCUCUUUGUGUUUUGUUUUUUUGUCGCGUGCUCCUGGAUGAAUCAAUUCAUCACAAACCAGCCAAGCUCAAUCCACCCGUUUAAAAGUGACAAGAUCCAACAAGACCUUCUCUAUUACAAUCGGGUUCCCAAAACUGGCUCCGAAAAUCUAGGCUACCUUCUGGAGGAAUUGGCUAAACGAAACAACUUUACACAAUCCAGGUGUUAUAAACCAAGUGAUCGGAAAUUGACCAAGGAAAAUCAGCGUGCUCACGUUUUGGACAUAAACAAGGCACCUAGGCCAUUUUCCUACCACAAGCACGUCUACUUCAUCAAUUUUGAGACAUUCGGCCAAAAGAACCCAAUUUGGAUCUCUAUGGUUCGGAACCCAGUCGAAAAACUCAUCUCAAGGUACUAUUACAACAGAAACGAAAAGACGUACAAUAAGCUCAUGCAAAAGAAUAGCAUCAAUGUGGCCGGAUUGACCGAAUCGGAAUGGGAAAGUAACACAGCGGACCAGUGCAUUGAAAAGUUGUUGCCAGAGUGCCAUUUUCGGAUUGGUACUCCUCGACCAGAGAAUACAAUCCCUUAUUUUUGCGGCCAAGAGGACGAGUGCUUGCUAGUUGGAUCAAAAUGGGCCUUCAAUCAAGCCAAACACAACUUAGAGACCUGGUAUACAGUUGUUGGAGUCCUUGAGCAUUUCAAUCUGACACUAACAGUUUUCGAGGCAUUCAUCCCUCAAUUCUUUCGAAAUGUCUCUGCCUUAUAUCCGUCAUUGGGAGAACCCCACGUCAAUAAAAACUCUCAUCAUACAAUAACCGAAGCGAAUCGUCGCACUCUGAUGACUAACCUGACAUUGGAAAUGGAUUUCUACGAAUUUGUGGUCCAGAGGUUCUUCGCUCAAUUGUAUGAAACCCAAAAACAAUGAUUCAAGAAAUAACAAGCCUGUUUAUUCUUUAAAAAAUUCCGAUGACUCUCUUGAAAAAUGCUGUAUUCAUUAAAAGUCUUCAACCGUUUACAUCAUUUC